CGAUCAUCUGGACGGCGUCCCACGGCUCGUAUAGAUGGCUUCAAUCUGGCUAUUCCCUAGGUGGGACAAACACGUGGGACCCGCGUUGAGGCAGCAGGAAUGGGAUGGCUCAUAGGCUGGCUCGUCUUGUAUAAGAAGGGUUCUGUCGUCCUGGUCGAGGUUUGUGAGAGGUGAAUGGUGGAGGCGAAUCUGACCUGACCACUGCGGACUGCUGCCUGCAGCUAUUCACUCCAGCUAGUGUCUGCGGCGCUUUUCUGUCCUUUGUCUGCUCUUUGUCUGGCAAUCUGACACCUACUCAACACAAAGACCAGUGAUGCAAGAUAUGAGCUUUCGAGAAACCAAGAUGGACCCAGAUACAGAGGGAUCUGUGGACCCAGCCGCACACGACAACAUGGACGUCUCUGAAAAAGCCCUCAAGUCCCACGAUCCAGUCUACAACAUCCGCCCCUGGAACAAUCAUCUGGACCGGAGUCUUAGUAGAAGAACGACUAUCGACGAAGACGAUGACCCCGGUCUGCGCCGACCCGGCGACUACAAGCAGAAGCAGGUGUUCAGCGGGAAGAUGCUGCUUUGGCUGGCAUACCAGUCAAUCGGGGUCAUCUACGGCGACAUCGGGACCAGCCCUCUGUAUGUGUACUCGUCCACGUUCAGUGAGGCGCCCUCCCGUGAGGACCUGAUCGGCGUGCUGUCCAUCAUCAUCUGGAGCAUUACCAUGAUGGUGACCGUCAAGUACAUCUUCGUGAUCCUUCACGCGGAUAACGAUGGGGAGGGGGGCACUUUCAGCACUUAUUCCCUUCUCAGCCGCUAUAUGAACAUCACCCACCGCGACCCCCGAGAAGCCUCCCUCGUACAGAUGAAGCGACAUCUCUCGACCGACCUCGAACGCACGAGCCGCUACGCACGCCACAGCCUCGAGACCAGCAAGUUCGCGAAACGCCUCCUCAAAGUUGUAGGAGUACUCGCCGUGACAAUGGUCCUCGCGGACGGACUCCUCACGCCCGCACAAUCCGUGCUGGGUGCGGUCCAAGGCAUCGAAGUCGUCUCGCCCAACAUCUCCAAAAGCACAAUAAUCGGCGUGACAGACGCCAUCCUGGUGAUCCUCUUCCUCAUUCAACCGCUCGGAAUCACGCGCUUCACUUUCGCGUUUGCGCCCAUCGUUAUCAUCUGGCUGGGCUUCAACGCCGUGUUCGGGAUAUACAACCUGGUCAAGUACGACGCCGGGGUGUUCGUGGCGUUCAACCCGGGAGAGGCAUUCCACUUUCUAAUCCGGAACGGAGAGUCGGGGUGGAGGAUGCUCAGUGGCACCCUGCUUGCGUUUACGGGCGUCGAGGCCCUGUUUGCUGAUUUGGGGGCGUUCAGUCGGAGGGCCGUGCAGAUCAGCUGGCUGUGCUAUACUUUCCCCUGUUUGCUGCUCGCGUAUAUUGGCCAGGCGGCGUAUAUCAGUGUGCAUCCGGAGGCGUACUCGAAUCCGUUCUAUGAGGCGGCGCCGCCCGGGACGAUCUAUCCUGCGCUGGUAAUUGCCAUUCUGGCGGCGAUUGUUGCUUCGCAGGCUAUUAUCACCGCGACAUUCCAGCUGCUAGCACAAGUCAUGAAACUGUCAUACUUCCCGCAGAUCAAGGUGAUCCACACGUCCGACAUCUUCCACGGGCAGCUGUACGUGCCCAUCGUGAACUGGAUCUUAAUGAUCGGAACCAUCCUGAUCGCCACCAUCUACAACAACACGACCUCCCUCGGCAACGCCUACGGCGUCUGCGUAAUCUUCGUAACCUUCUUCGACACCAGCAUGGUAGCAAUGGUCGCGAUCUUCGUCUGGCGCGUCAGCCCCUUCCUGGUCCUCCUCCCCUGGCUCACCAUCGCCUGCCUGGACGGCGCAUACCUGUCGUCCGCACUCACAAAGGUCCCCACCGGCGCAUGGUUCACCCUGGCGGUGGCCACCCUGCUAGCCCUCAUCUUCCUAUUGUGGCGCUUCGGCAAAGAACAACAAUGGCUCUCCGAAGCCACCGACCGCUAUCCCACCUCGCACUUCAUCGCCCAAGCCCCUGACGGGAAAGUCCGUCUCACGCCCCGCUUCUCCAACAUCCCACUGAGCACGACGCGCGGGGUGGGGAUCUUCUUCGACAAGGCGGGCGAAACCACCCCCAUCGUGUUCAGCCAGUUCGUGCUCAAGUUGACGGCCGUGUUUGAGGUCAUGAUCUUUUUUCAUCUCAGGCCGAUUGAGGUCCCCUCUGUGCCGUUGGAGGAGCGCUAUGCGGUUUCGAAGCUCGCCGUCCCGAAUUGUUAUCGUCUGGUCGUGAGGUAUGGGUAUAAUGAUGAGAUUAUUUCGCCGGAUUUGGCCAGGACCGUGACGGAGCAGGUUAGGGGGUAUUUGGUUGAGAGGGGGUUCGGGAGGGGGCAGGGACAUAGGAGUGGAGAGGGAGGUGGUGCGAAGCAGAUCGACGCAGAUGCGAGUGCGAGUGCGAGUGCGAGUGCGAGCGAGAUUCAAUCAAGUCGGGAUCCGGAUCUCAAUCCAGAUGCCGACGCAGCUGCAGACGAACCCAUCUCUGUGUCCGAAGAAACAAGCACCGACCCGCUAGCCCGCCUCGAGAAGGCGUACGCACACAACGUACUCUACAUCACAGGCAAAGAACAAAUGAGGAUCAGAAAAGGCACGAAUAUCUUCCGAGGACUGGUGCUGUGGAUUUUCCUGUGGAUUCGGGAUAACACGCGCGCGAAGAUUGCGUCGUUGGGGUUGGAGGCGGAGAGGGUGAUUGAGGUGGGGUUUUUGAAGGAUAUCUAAGUGAGGGUGGAGUGAUUGCCAGGACUCGGGGGAUGGGAGAGUUGAUUAGGAGGGCAUUGAUGGUUGGUUGGCUGGUUGGUUGUUUCUCUUGUGAUUGUGAUUGUGAUUGGCCGGUUAUGUACAUAAUGCUGGGGUUGAGGGGCAUAGUAUAAGGUGAUUUUCAAAGGGGAUGCGAUAGGUAUUGGUGCUGUGCAUGUGUUCCCUGGUUCAAUCUUACCAGAUACUUGGGAUCACAAUGAACACACUACACCAUAGGCAGAUAAUGAAGUCCCAUCGAAUACAGCAAAAGUUAAUAAUCUCGAUCGGGACACAGGAGGAGUGGUAUGUAAUACACGACCACCCGUGCAAUACGACCGCAGAUUAG